AUGUCUGAUCAGUUUGAUAAUCUUAAUGGACUUGAACGAGCUAUACCAACUUAUAAGAGAAAAACCGAGCCAGCCCAAGUUAAAACGACUAUCGAUAAUUUUGAAAAAUGUAUUAUCGAUGUUGGAAAUAAAAGUGAUGACAUAAUAAAUGAAGCCAAAGGUAUUUGUACUGAACCCCAAGGCAACAAAAGGAGACGAAGUGAUAAUAGCAGUCACGAUCACCGAGUUGCCGCAUUAGAAGUAUGCGACAAUAUAAUGAAACUGAUAGAGUAUGGCGAGAAUGUCGCACUCUUUUACUUGCUGUUCAUCAAGGAAAAUUCCCAAUACCAAUCUCACCAAAAGUCUCUGUGGGCGCACGAUCCUAGUAUCAACGGUUUCCUAGUUGCAGGGUAUAUUAUACCAAGCGCGAAUCCAGUGGGGAGAGGCAUGGGAAUUUAG